AUGCUGGGGUCGCUGAACGAUAUCAACGUUCUGCACCGCUCACAUCUCCUCGACAACCUUGCCGCUAUUGUGGCGCCGCAGGUACAACACUCCAUCAAUGGACACCAGUACAACAUGGGGUACUACCUUGCAGAUGGUAUCUAUCCGGAAUGGGCAACAUUCGUGAAGCCCAUAUCUUGUCCGCUUGGGCGGAAGCGGCAACACUUCGUCGUUCAGCAGGCGGCGGUACGGAAGGAUGUCGAAUGCACCUUCAGUGUCCUACAGUCUCGGUUUCCUAUAGUCCGGGGGGCUACAAGGAUAUGGGAUCAGGAAACCCUUAAUAACAUCAUGACCGCCUGCAUUAUCAUGCACAACAUGAUAGUCGAAAAUGAGAGACCUGAUGAUGAAGUUGAACACGUCUACGACGGUACUGGUGACCAUGUGGAGUCGUUGCACACCUCGACCCCCUCAUUUGAAGCAUUCACACACAGGUAUGGGAUGAUAACUAGCAGGCAGGGUCAUCACCAGCUUCGUGAAGAUCUUGUGGAGCAUCUCUGGCAGCUACAUGGCGGAGAGUAG